AUGGCCGGAGUUAAUCAAAACGGCGUCGCCGAGUUCCCGGCGGUUCCGACUCACGGUGGACAGUUCGUUCAAUACAACGUGUUCGGUAAUCUCUUUGAGGUUACUGCUAAGUAUCGUCCUCCGAUCAUGCCUAUCGGUCGCGGCGCUUACGGAAUCGUUUGUUCGCUGUUGAACACGGAGACGAAUGAAUUGGUUGCUGUUAAGAAGAUAGCGAAUGCUUUCGAUAAUCAUAUGGAUGCGAAGCGUACGCUGCGUGAGAUUAAGCUUCUUAGGCAUUUAGAUCAUGAGAAUGUGAUUGGUUUAAGAGAUGUUAUUCCUCCACCCUUGCGUAGAGAGUUUAAUGAUGUCUACAUAACCACCGAACUCAUGGAUACUGAUCUUCAUCAAAUCAUUCGCUCGAAUCAAAACCUGUCAGAUGAACACUGUCAGUACUUUUUGUAUCAGAUUCUUCGUGGACUGAGGUACAUACAUUCUGCAAACAUUAUCCAUAGAGAUUUGAAGCCAAGCAACCUGUUGUUGAAUGCAAAUUGCGACUUGAAGAUUAUUGAUUUUGGUCUUGCCCGGCCAACUAUGGAAAAUGACUUCAUGACAGAAUAUGUAGUCACAAGAUGGUAUAGGGCUCCUGAACUGUUGUUGAACUCCUCAGAUUACACCUCUGCAAUAGAUGUUUGGUCUGUCGGUUGCAUCUUCAUGGAGCUUAUGAAUAAAAAACCUCUAUUUCCUGGCAAAGACCAUGUGCAUCAGAUGCGUUUAUUGACAGAGCUUCUUGGCACUCCAACUGACGCUGAUGUCGGGUUAGUGAAAAAUGAAGAUGCGAGAAGAUACAUCCGACAACUUCCUCAAUAUCCUCGCCAACCUUUAAAUAGGGUUUUCCCCCAUGUUCAUCCCUUAGCCAUCGAUCUCAUUGAUAAAAUGUUGACAAUUGAUCCCACCAGAAGAAUUACAGUUGAAGAAGCACUAGCCCAUCCAUACCUUGAAAAACUACAUGAUGUAGCCGACGAACCGAUCUGCAUGGAACCAUUCUCGUUUGAGUUUGAACAGCAGCAUUUGGACGAAGAGCAAAUAAAGGAGAUGAUCUAUAGGGAGGCAUUAGCACUCAAUCCUGAGUAUGCUUAA